AUGAAUGGUCCAUGUGGCAUGGACAAAUUAAGUGGAGUUUCAUCCUUUGUAUGUACGAAGAAUCUAAAUGUACUGUUCUGGAGAAGCCACUGUGCCUCCUGGAUGCUUCUGAUCAGCUUCCUGUUAGACAUGGCAGUUGGGGCAAUAACCAGACACCUCAGCCUCUGCUCCAAGUCAGGAGUGGAGCUGAACGACUUUGCGAUCUUCACCACCUUCGGCCUGGCCUCAGCCCUGCUCCUUGGCGUGGAUGGGCCUCUGAGUGGGUUCCUGGCUGUCAUCUAUGUGUUAGCUGCUACUUUCCGCCUGUGUUUCUAUUCAACUGACGCUCAGCUCACGUACAGGGGUCUACCCUGCCGCUAUGCUUCCUGUGUUUUAGCCUCCACCUCCCUUCUGACCAAAGGCAACACAUUCAUUCUCUCCUGCAUGGCCUCACUUAUGAUUCUAUUCAUGAUGGACCAGAGCUACUACCCACACGAUGAAAUCCUGGAGUCUGAGAACUGGAAAAAAUUGGUUUAUCUGGGAGGUGCCAUCAUGCUGCUCUUGUCUCCGUUCUCUCUGACUGCGUUUUACUGCCUGUUGUGGUCGCUGUCCUACAUCUUCUUUCCAGAUGCUCUGUGGGGCAAAGCAGUGCGUCUCAGGCUACAGUGCUGAGAAAACUAAACAGCUUUACCCACGGCCACUGGCCUCUGGGGUUCGUGCCUGCACGUCGGGCCAAGCCUUGCUUUAUCCUCACUAAAUCUUUCCUUGUCCGCACGUCUCCUGUGUGCCAGAGAACGUGUGGCCUUGAACCAGAGCAACCCACCGCAGGCCCAGCGGCCUUCACGUCUUCCUCUUUGCUCAGGGUUCGGGAUCCCUUGGGGACAACAGCUGUUUAUAUCCUAUAGAACAGAAUGUUUUCCAAGCUCCAGUUGGGCCUGGCUGAGUUCUAGCCCUGUUACCAGCUGGGGGCGCUUGUGCACUCAGGUCAGUCCCUUGGAAAGGAGUGAAAGCCUGUAGAACUGGUCUAGUCUCCAGCUUGGCCGGUCUGGUGGUUAAGGCUCCAGUGGCAGGUGGGGCUUACUGAAGCGUUUCUUCAACUUGCAGGCUCUGCUUGGUAGAGCUCAUCACAGGACAAUCACAUGGCCCAGUGUAAAUGCACGUAGGAUUUUGGAACUUGAAAUUCUGUACUUGAACAGUCCAAGCUUCUGCCUUUUGCUUCAGUGAAGAGAUUAGACACCCUGGCAGCUUGAGGGCAUUCCCUGGCUUCCAUCGGGUUUUCUCCUAAACGAUAAAAUACUAAACUCUAGAUGUUCAAAUGCCACUGCGUAUUCUAAAAUCCAAAUUGAGUAAAAAUAAAGAGUAUUGUAUGGACCCUCCCAGCUGCCCCUCCCAAAGAAUUGAGGCCGGCUGAAGGCAGCGACGCCCAGCACUGCCUCUGGACCACCUUCCAUCUCUAGGCAGUGUACCGAAGGACUGGUGGCUACUUCGGCCCCUUCCUCAACUAUGGAGCCGGAGCCCUUUUACCUAAUUUCUUGAAGUUUGCAGAACAGUGUAUUUGGUAGAUAUGCACUAAGUCUACAAUUGGAUUUUGAAAAAUAACAGUCCAGUGAAUCACAUGGCUACAACCUGGCUUUAAAGGAACGGAUAGCGUCCUCCUGGUCCCUGCUGCUCUCUGUCCAUGUCUCUGUUAUAUCAUUUAUGUUUUUCGUGGGUGGAUGAAUAUGUCUGUGUCCCACCAGAUUUUAGGCUCCUUCAGUUUACAUUUUUUUAAAUGUCUGCUGCUUACCACAGCACCUGGUACUCAAAAAUGUUUGCUUUGUAGAUGAAUUGAUUUCCCUGUGCAUUCUAGCGGGUUAUAUACAAGAUUACUAUAAUGUAAUAAGAAUCUUACAAAUGUAUACCUACAUACACAUGCAAAUAUGUGCUGUCCUUUGGUACUAUACCCUCAUUUCAGAGAUGCUACACUUCAUCAAAAUAUUUAGGAAAUGCAGCUCGAGAACUGUGUUCACAUAAGCUCUUAGAGGCCAGCACUUAGCGCAGUGCCUAGAUAUAGUAGGUGCUCAAAAAAUACUGUAUCCUGAACCAACCAGAUCUAGUCUAGGAACGCACUACUGAAGAUUUAGCCAACGAUGUCCUCUUUUGAGCCACAUGAGUUAUCAGAUUUGGCAUCAAAUGAUUCUGGCUACUUCUAAAACUUGAAACUACAUUCAAAGAGGAAGAUGCACUUCCGAAAGAGGACUUCCACGCUACUUUUGAGCCACAGCAGCAGAGUUAAAAGAAAUAUGUAGACCCCUUAAGAGGACUGCUUUGAAAAGGAAAAUACCCAUUUGGAUAUGUAAAUUGUGCUUUGUAACAAUAAUAAUUCAUACUUCAUUGCCUCAAACGAAAGUUUGGGUUAGUGAUGCAUGAGUUAUAGGUCAGCUGAGAGCCUCUAGAUUUAACAGAGGGAUAUGUGCUUCCUUCCCAAUACAUGGAAGUAAGGCUGCCCUUCCACACUCGUUCCAGGAACUCAGGAUGCCAGUUCUAACGAUGCAGGCCUUUACUUCCUCAGUUAGGAAUAAAACUUAAAAAAUAGAACAGCUAAAAUAGGACAUGUUAAAAUAAAAUAAAAUAAAAUAAUAUUCUAAUGUAGAAUAGCUCUCAGGAACAAGUUGCAAGUCUGAGACUAAAAAUAUACUUCUCAGAUGAGUUCAUGAAGUCAGAGGGCUUAGUUCUUGAUUCAAGGCAGUUCUGCUACUUCUCAACUUAAUGGAGUAUAGAUUUCCCUUCUGGUCCCCUCUUAGUUAACCUGUGCCCAGUGAACAGGGUCAAGUGACUGAGAAUUCUGACUUUUUUUUUUUUUAGCUCUGUGAACUUGAGUGAAAGGUUUAAUCUCUCUAAACCCACUUCCUUAACUGUAAAAUGGGUUAUUUACUUCCUCUCUGGGUUGCUUUGUGAAUUAAAUAUGAUGACACAUAAAAUAACUAGAAUAGGGAAUGACUGUAAAAGGUAUUAAAUAAAAGAUCUCUCCUCUUCCUCUAAACUUUCUCCCUUCCCAUUAUAUACCUUGCCAUUUAAAAUAAUAGUAAUAAUAAUAGUUAUCAUUUAUUUAGUCUAUUCUAUGUAUAGGAAUUGUUUCUUGCACUUUACUCUUUCACUUAAUCCCUCAUACAACCCAGUGACAUAGGCGAAUACAGGCUUAAGGUCGACAGUUCUCGAAGUGUGGUCUACGGACCCCUGGAGUUCCUGAGACCUUUU